CGGAGGCCGCGGCAUUCCUUCCCACGCUGCAGCUCCUGACGCUUCUGCUGGCGGAGCGGCUCACGUCUCUGCACUGGGAGGCCGAGGCUCACCGGUCGGAGGCUGUCAUCAACCGCUUGCUCCAGGGCGUGGACGUUUUGGCAAAGCCUUCAGAGGAGUGGGAGAAGAACCUCAUGCAACGAGCUGCCGAGGUGCCCAAAGAGGUGCUGAGAGGUGACGUCACUUUGCAAGAAGCUGCGGUCUGGCAGCCCAACCAAAGGUCUUACGUCAACGUCUGUGGCCAAAGCGAGGGCAAUCCAAGCAGACUGGUUGAGGAGGCCUUCUCACUACCCAACGACACCGUCCAAGUGAUUUGCACGGAGGAAUCAGUGGGUGAUCCCACCAGCACGUGCAGCUCCCUAAGGGAGAUCUGCAUCGUGCUGCCCGGAAUUGGAAAGCCAACUGUGUUGGACUUCUUAGAUCCCGUUUGCACGAGGAAAGCUGCGGCGGAUUGCCCCAGCUCUAGGUUGAACCACUUUGAUUUGGCGGCAGCGGAAUGGCUUUGCAAGUCCUCAUUGAGAGCAGCCCUUCAGGCUCGCUCCAAGCUGCAUGAGCUGAUUCUGCACAAGCAUUCGUCAGAGCGAAUGCAGUCCCUGGUCUCGGAGCUCAGCAUGGCCGCGAACACGGCGGAUUUGGUGCAAACCAUCGAGCAAGCGGUGCAGGCAGUGACGCAGUCGGACAAGUGCAUGGUGUUUUUCUUCGAGAAUGACAGCGACGAGGUUUGGUCGCCUCCAACCAAGUCGGUUCCAGAGCCUUAUCGCAUGGUGCUGGACAUUGGGCUGCCGGGCAAGAUUGCGAAGCUGAUGCAGGAGAAGCCGGCGGAGUUUCAGAGUACCCUCGUGUACAAUGACAUGAAGUCAUGCCCUCACUGGGAUGGUAUGCCAUUUGGCAUGGAAGAUUCUUGUGGGAUCCUUGUGGCGCCGAUCAAGAGUGCAGGGCAGGACGCACGCCCUCUCGGCCUCAUCCUGGCGGGUGACAAGGUGAAAAACUUCAAUGAGGGCAUGCUUCUGUCUGCACUCAGUUUCUGGGGCCACGUGAACGCAGACUUCAGCGAGCAGGACGCAGAGUUCUUGGCAUGGCUUGCCAGCGCAGCUGGCAGCCAUGUGGAACGUCUGUCCCUGGACAUCAUGUGGACAAAGGCGCUGCUGGAGCGUGAUGAAGGCGAAGGCGAGGGUAUGUUGAAGGACGACAAAGAGCUGGUCUCCGAGUACUACACUGUGGAGGCCGUGGAUGCAAGAUCAAGACCACGAGCGGGCACAACUUCGUCUCAGGAGCCUCGGACGCAGAACCGCGUUACUACGGUUCACAAGUUCCUGGGCCAUGUGCCGACAGCUGGAAACCCAGCCAUGGACUUUGGCACUCGGAAUACGCUGGCCUUCAUUUCCACCGACGAUCGAGAAAGCAUCAGGAGCCUGACUGCAGCCUCCUAUGCUGACGUCACGCAGUGGGGCAUUGACUACUGGGGCCUGACCCCUCACGAUGAGUUCACGUUGUUGGUUACAGCUCUACGUCAGCUGGACAUCUUUGAUCACAUUGCUAUUGAGCGUGGUGUGCUCUUCGGCUUCUUUCAGGCAAUCAAGAAGAACUACAGAGCAGUUCCGUUUCAUAACUUCCAGCACGCCCUGUCUACAGUGCACUUUGCAUCCAAGAUGGCGAAGGUGGCGAACGUGGCAGAACACCUUUGCCACGCAGAGCUUUACGCACUCAUCAUUGGUGCUCUUUGUCAUGACUGCGAUCAUCGAGGGUACAACAACGCCUUCGAGAUCAUGACGCGCAGCGAACUUGCGCUUCGGUACAAUGACGCUUCUCCCUUGGAGAACCACCACUGCGCAAGGGCGUUUGAGAUCGCCUUGAGCAAGGAGGGGUGCAACAUUUUCCAGGAUUUCAGCACAGAAGUCUACAGCUUGAUCCGCAAGCGGAUGAUUGCAGGCAUCCUUUCCACGGACAUGAAGCACCAUGGAUCGCACGUCAGCAUCCUCAAGGAGUUUGAACUGGGAGAAGCUUCAGACUCGCAGAACCAGUUUUUGGUGGAGGUCGUCAUGCAUGCGGCAGAUAUCAGCAAUCCGCUGAUGCCUGCGGAUCAAUCCCAGAAGUGGUGUGCUUGUCUGAACGAGGAGUUUACGCUUCAGGUGGAGAAGGAAGCGGAGAUGGGCUUACCAGUCACCACCUUCAUGUCGGGCUUGCAGGAGCCACAAGUGGCCGCCAAGUCCCUGUUGGGCUUCAUUGACUUUGUCAUCAUUCCCUUCACCAGUUCGGUUUUCCGCAUCUUCCCAGACUUGGGGGAGCUGAAGCCAUUCCUGGAUCAGAACCGUGAGACUGCAGCCUUGAUCGUCGACGAGGCAUCCACCGGCAAGAAGCGGCAAGUCGCCAAGAAGACUUGGCAAGGCGCUUUGACCAGGUUGAGGGACAGUGCCCCGGCAACGCCUGCAGUGCCUGCAACGCCGAACACCGCAGUGUGAGCUGGAGAAUUGCCACGUCCCGGCAUGCUGAAGCACAGUGAACAAGGUU